CAUUAAAUAUACAAAAGGAAACCAAAAGGGGAGAAGGGCAGGAGAGUGUAGAAGGAUCGAAAUCCAUACUUCUUAGGGCUCUCAUUUCAUUUGAUUUUUCUUGGAGCUUCAUCUUCAAUGGACACCUGGCCUUUUCACGACGGUAACAUCCACGAUUUGCUUCACAGACGUUACCUCCAUGGCUCUCAAGACUCAAAUCGCAGCUUGCAGAUUCAUUCAUCACUGAUCCGAAGGCUUUCGCAGGAAAAAGAGUUGGAGGGGCAUCAAGGUUGUGUUAAUGCUAUUGCUUGGAAUUCCAGCGGUUCACUUUUGAUAUCUGGAUCGGAUGACACGCGGGGGCAUAUGGGUGGAUUUGUAUCUCAACAUUUAAUGAUUAAUAUAUGGAGCUACUCUGGCAGGAACCUUUUGCAUUCUUUAGAGACUGGGCACUGUGCAAAUAUAUUUUGUACAAAAUUUAUUCCCGAGACUGGUGAUGAACUUGUGGUCUCUGGAGCUGGAGAUGCAGAAGUUCGGUUAUUUAAUUUAUCUCGAUUAAGUGGGAGAGGAGCUGAUGACAAUGCUAUUUCUCCAUCAGCUACAUAUCAAUGUCACACAAGAAGAGUAAAAAAGUUGGCUGUUGAAGUUGGAAACCCCAACGUUGUAUGGAGCGCAAGUGAAGAUGGGACGUUGAGACAGCAUGAUUUUCGAGAAGGCUCUUCAUGUCCUCCUGCUGGAUCUUCUCAUCAAGAAUGUCGCAAUAUUUUGCUUGACUUGCGGUGUGGAGCAAAGAGGUCUCUAGCUGAUCCUCCCAGACAAAAUUUUGCUUUAAAAUCCUGUGAUAUCAGUGCCACCAAGCCUCAUUUGCUCCUAGUUGGUGGGAGUGAUGCAUUUGCACGGUUGUACGACAGAAGGAUGCUGCCACCGUUGUCCUCAAGUCAGAAAAAGAUGCCACCUCCUCCUUGUGUUGACUAUUUUUGUCCAAUGCAUCUUUCUGAUCGUGAACAGUCAAGCUUGCAUCUAACUCAUGUUGCGUUUAGUCCUGAUGGAGAAGAGGUUCUACUUAGUUAUAGUGGAGAGCAUGUCUAUCUGAUGGAUACAAAUCACGCAGGUGAUAGUUCUAUGCAGUAUAGUCCUGCAGAUGUUUCCCGGCUGACGAGCUUCACACUCGAUAGAGGUGAACCGACAUCUGAUGUCUGCCUGAAGGGUCAUUCUAAGGAGAGAAGUGCUAAUCUUGACAUGAGUAAGAAGCUAAUCCAAAUUGCUGAAAGAUCCUUAGAGGGGAAUAUGAAUUACUUCUACGGUAUUGAGGCUUGCAAUGAGGUGUUGGAUGGAUAUGGUCAAGUUAUUGGACUGGCAUUGAAGCAUGAAUGUCUCUGUAUGCGUGCUGCGUUGUUGCUGAAGCGGAAUUGGAAAAAUGAUGUUCCCAUGGCGAUUAGAGAUUGUCACAAUGCUCAAAAGAUUGAUGGCUCCUCAUUCAGGGCUCAUUACUACAUGUCUGAAGCUCUGUCACAGUUAGGCAAACAUAAAGAAGCUCUAGAUUUUGCUUGCGCUGCUCAAAAUUUGGCUCCUUCCAAUUUUGAUGUAGAAGAAAGAGUUGAGAGAGUUAAAAAGGACCUUGCUGCAGGUGAAGCAGAAAGAAAUAAGAAAGAAAAUGAAGGACUUUUGAGGUCCAAACCUCGAGGUGAAGCAAUGGCUUCAUUAAGUGACAUAUUUUAUCGGGUAGAGGCUAAUAGUAAUGAUGGCCCAAGAUCUGAAAGAGAAGAUUCUGAUUAUGACGAGGAAUUGGAAUUAGACUUUGACACGUCAAUGUCAGGUGAUGAGGAGCAUGAUGUUGAACCCAAUAUUCUACAUGGAAGUUUAAAUUUAAGAAUCCAUCGAAAAAGUGAUUCAGCUAGAGAAAGUGGUGGUGCAAAUGGCUCGUGUGGAUCUCCCUCAUCAUCAUCCUGUAAUGACAGAACACCGUAUCAGCCUGGGAUAGCUAUUGAUAUGAAACAAAGAUAUGUUGGCCACUGUAAUGUGGGGACUGACAUCAAGCAGGCCAAUUUUCUGGGUCAAAGAGGUGAAUAUGUUGCUAGUGGAAGUGAUGAUGGCAGAUGGUUUAUUUGGGAGAAGAAAACUGGCAGAUUAAUAAAAAUGCUCCAUGGAGAUGAUGCAGUUGUCAACUGUGUGCAGUCUCACCCUUUUGACUGUGCUGUUGCUACCAGCGGGAUUGAUAACACAAUAAAGAUUUGGACUCCGACUGCUUCAGUCCCCUCAACUGUAGGUAGUGGAACAGCAGGGCCAGAAAGUGCUGACUUUCUAAAUGUCAUGGAAGGCAACCAACAUAGAUUAGGCCGCAAUCGUGAUGCAUUCCUGGGUUUUGAAAUUCUGGAGCGUUUUCGAGUGCAUGAGUUCACUGAAGGAAACUUGCAUCCAUUUGAGUGUGCUCAGAGCUAAUCAGCUCUUGCUGACGCUUGCAGGCUCCUUCCUAUUUUGACUUAAUAUGGCUUUGCAAAAUCUUUUCCCUUCUGUGUUUCUUGAUCCAAAAAACAUUAUACUUGCGUCCUCCUUGGGCCAGUUAUCCCAGGAGUUCAUGUAUGUGAUGGAAAGUUGGUCUGUGGUGAUUGGUAACUGCUGCAUGAUAUAAUGUUAUCUUGAGUACUACUUCUAUACGUGGGUGUUUUGAAUAUCCAAUGUAAAUUUGUUUUUAUGCUUGUAAAUCCAAUAAAGUUGUUUCUUCAUGUUGAGAUGUGUUUGUGUGGUGAGUUUUUCUUGUAAAUAAUAAUCUGUGGUUGAAGAAGGCAUCUUGCAAUAUUUAACAUAACCAUAGCGCUGAUUGCGGUCUAGAAUUUGGAAAGCUGACGCUUUUGCAGAGGAGCUAGGGAUGUUUUCUGGCUGAUAGAGUGAGCCUGUAACCAUUUAGAUCCGGAAGUAGCAUCUGUUGCUGAUGCUGUAUCGAAAUAUGUAUUAUCUGGUUGCUGCUAUAAAAGUGUGUUUUUAUUUAUUUUUUUAUUUUUCCAUCGGGAAGGUAAUCUCUCAUAAAUGUGGGCAGGGAAUUGUCAAAAUUGCAAUUUCAUUCUGACCCUGAUUUUCUGUUUUUUGUUUUCAUUUCUUUUUACCUUUCCUUGUCAAUAUUACAGAGACGUCAUCUUUACCGUGCAUGGAGUGGAUUAUAUUACGGAAAGGUAAAAGAGAGUGCAUAAUUUCACCUGUCGCGUUGGUCAUGCUUUAGUCUUUUUUGGGUGCUUGAAAGAUUCAAGUCGAAAAUAAUGAGAAAUCUUUGUAAAGCGUCUUGGUUUUCCCCCUCUCCAAAGCAUUGGCCUGGUGUUGCGUUAUUAUUCCUGAUGCAUUGUGUAUAGUUAAGACUGUCUGCUCUUGGGUUUUCUUUAUAUGUCCUUUUUUUUAACAUAUAUGUAGUGUUUUUUUUCGUAAUUGUAGUGCGUACUUUUUCCUUGUGUAUAUAAUGUUACCUUUUGUUU